CUGCAAAUAAAUCGAGAUUCGGUAUACAGUAAAUUUUUUCGUCGUUGUUCAAUCUCACUUUUUCGAUUAUGCGUAGAUUACGUUUUUCUAAGUCCACUUUUUUGUUUUCAGAAAAACAUCGUCAUUGAACUACAGCAUGCAACAAAACAGUCAGUUUCGCAUGAUCUCGAGUAUGAAUGGUCAGUGUCUGCUGCGGGAUCCGUUGAUGACUUCAAAACCAGAGUUCCUCAUCCUGCCUUGACGUACCCGUUCGAACUUGACACCUUUCAAAAGCAGGCCAUUGUUCAUCUGGAAGCGGAUGACACGGUGUUGGUAUGCGCACACACAUCUGCCGGUAAAACGGUGAUCGCAGAAUAUGCUAUUGCUUUAUGCAAAAGUCACUUAACAAAGGUAGUUUAUACGUCACCGAUUAAAGCUUUGUCAAAUCAGAAAUACAGGGAUUUCAAAAAAGAAUUUGGCAACGUCGGCAUAAUCACCGGUGAUGUGCAACUUAACGUUGAGGGGUUCUGUUUAGUAAUGACUACUGAAAUUCUCAGGAUGAUGUUGUACAAUGGCUCCGAUUUGAUCAGGGAAUUGGAAUGGGUUAUUUUUGACGAAGUGCACUAUAUCAAUGAUCACGAUCGCGGCUACGUCUGGGAAGAGGUGUUGAUCAUGUUACCGGAUUUCGUAAAAAUCGUCAUGCUGAGCGCUACGGUCUCUGAUGCACUUCGUUUCGCGGACUGGGUCGGGUAA